AUGGAAGACAUGGCGAACGCCGGAUUCCCCGCGAUGUUACUCAACGAGACGCACGGCGAAGGAUCUGCGGUUAAGGUUGAUUCGAACAGAAGAGACGUGGUUGGUCAGAAUGCCUGUCGUAGGACGUUGCAGGAGGCGGACGAGGUCGUCCACUCCGGGGUUGUGUCGGCCCUCACCAUGCACCGCGCUGCUAGUACCAUUCAACAAUUUAGAAGGGUCAAAUUCGCUGUCCGUUUGACUACGACGCCGCGAGAAUAUGUGCUGCGACAACACAUCUAA